UUAGAUGCAUACACCAUUUUGUUUUCCUGACAGGUAGAAUGUCGUGUUCUCUCAAAUGAGACUGCUCAAUGGAGGAACACACGGUGUAGUCAGCGGUCUGCAUCGCAGUCCGCCAUACAGCAUACCAUACGACCUUGUUGUGGGGAGCUCAAUGGGCAGUGUACGCUGACCAGUCCACAGCACUGUUGGUUCAUGAACGGUCGGUUUCAUAUGGACGCUGAGCAUUGCUCACAGGUAGAUUGUCUACGGCAACUUUGCAUUCUGGGAGACCAAUCAGUAGCCGACAGUUGCGUCACACAAGUUUUUCCUCGACGAUGCCAUCAAUGGUGGCGAUUUGUGACGUCAAUCUAUCUGCACCAAGGAAUUCUGGACUGUCUGGUGAUCACCUUCUUGCAAAUAUGGUUAUACUGGGGCCAGGAAAACUCUAUUGGAUGGUUGCGCAUGGCAAUAGUGCAUCAUACCGCUGGUGUGGGCGGACACUUGAUUGGUUCCUUAUUCACAAGACACGACUGGCCUGAGGCCGGAGCGGGUCCCGCUGUGGGUGGAAUUAUGGGCCUGGCACUAGUUGAACACGUGAUACUCUGGCGAACAAUGGAGAAUCCCCUACCCAGGCUCGCUCUGUUGAUCGUCUGCCUGUGUACACUGUUUUCCAUUGGCACACUGCCUCAAGUGAACAACUAUUCCAUGAUAACUGGAAUACUUUACGGCUGUCUAUGCGCUUUGGUACUUUGGAGUCCUAUCGUGUUUCGACGCAAAUUGACUCGAUGUAAAUUCGUUAUUGUCUUUGUGAUAGUGACAAUGCUGUUAUUUAGCAUUGCUUUAUUUUACGGAGUACAACACAUCGAUUUAAACUCCUCUCAUUAUGUAAAUUGCAUACCCUAUGCAGACGGUUUGUGUGAUUAAGAGAGGAUGGCAAAUACAGUGGGUGUAUAUACUAUCACUAAUUCGUUGUUGUCAUUAAAAAUGUUA